AUGGAGCUCGGGUCCGCCGAAGUCGAGGUCCGCCACGAUGCGACGCGUGGCCGCGGUGUCUACGCGAAGGCUGCGCUGCCAGCCAACCAAGUCGUGCUCAAAGAUUCGCCCAUCUCGGUCGCAUCAGCCCACGAAGUCGACAGCGACGACGACAGCGACGACGAGACCGAGACCACGCCGCCGCUUGUCUGCUGCGUCUGCAAGCGCUUCGUUGGCUCAGUGCCAUUGCAGCUGCAUUACCUUGCCGGUAGCUUCCAGCUUCUCUCGGGCAUGUGCAGUGACGAGCGCUGUGUGCAACCGUUGCCAGCGUCGGUUCAGGCCAUGACCGCGCAGCCAAAUCUGCCCAACAUGCCACCCGCGUCGACACCAGUCUACUUGACCAAGUUCAAGGGUGAUAAGCUGCCGAGCGUCGUCUGCUCGAAGCUCUGUGGCGACAUUCUACAUGCGCAGCCUACGAACGUCUUUUCUUCGACCUUCCAGCGGAGCGAGCCUUUCCAAACACACAACGCAGAGCUCAAGCACCUCUCUCUCGUCACAGCCAUCCUCGCGCGUAUCUACUACCGACUCUACGUACAAGCGCGGUCGUCGGGCACUCUCGACUGGGAAGCCGCCGUCCACGAUAUUUUGCACCUCGAAGAGUGUCCCUUGCUUGCCAAGAUGAUCGACGCGGACGUCGCGUCAGCCGCGCAUGCGUACGUGCUGCGUGCGUUCUCUUCCAAGUCCAAAGUCUUUGCUGUGUUCCAAGCCCACGUCGACUUGAACUUUUUCGUGGGGCUCCUCGGGCGGGCCAAGGUCAACGCUGUUGGUGUCGAUGUCCCGUCGCCCAUUGUGCCCUACUUUCUCUCGUGCGAGGGCGAUCCCGCUGCAAAGGCGGACCUGGUCGCCCAAGCCGCGCCGCUGCUGGAGCGCGUGCUCCAGAAGCUGUGUCACAUGGGGGACGCAGACGAGUGCGACUCGGAAGUCGAGUCAUCGGAAGACGACGAAUCAGAGGACGAGUCCGAUGACGCUUCGGACAACGCGACGGAUGCGACAGACGCCACGGACGCCACGGACGACCGGAAGCGAGCAACGUCAAACGACGACGGCAAUGGCUCGGACGACGAAGACGAGGACAUUCAUUUUGUGUGGUCCACGGCGGACGACAGCUGCGACAUUGAGUUCAAUUCGUCGGCGUUCCCGUCCAUGGAUGGGACCGCACUCUUCCCCCGCUUUUCGAUGCUCAACCACUCGUGCGCGCCCAACUGCGGCUUCACGUACGUCAACGAGACGGACAUCACGGUCUUCACGACGCAGGACGUUGCUCCUGGCGACGAGCUCACCAUCUCGUACAUCGAGCGCCACGCACCAGUGGGUGCGCGCCAAGCCGACCUCCGCUCCCGCUACAACUUUACGUGCACGUGUGUCCGUUGCACGGCCGAGCUCGCCGAGUCCAAGCGCGGCAAAGGCAAGCGAAAGCUCCAGGACGCCACGGACCAACCUCGCAAGAAGAUGGCACCAUAG